AGCGCACACCAUACACAAUCAUCAGAGACAACCACGAAAAUGGCUGCCUCUGCUUGAUUCCAGACCUCGCCCACCAUAAUUAACUACUCAACCUACCAUCUCAACUCCACUUUCGAAGCGUCUUCGGACCUUCACAACCACGCGCCCAGUCGUCAAGACCACGCCUCUGUGAAAACCUCCCCGCCGUCCACCACGGCUUCUACACAGCAAACAUGGCCCCAACCACCAGCUGCACCAAGGCAAUUGCCUCCCCAACCCGAGUUCUCGCAGGACUUCGAACUCUUCCAUCAACCUCAGACCCGCGCUCUUCCGCCUUCUCGACGCGCUCCAUCGCUCGAUCCGACGCUGCUUCAUUCGUUUAGCACUGCGACCGCAGCAGCGUGUCACGCGAACGGACAUCUCAACUCAUCUCAGAAGGAAAUCAAUACAACAGCUCACCGGUCUACUCGCCCACCUGUGCCUUUAUUUCAUUCCAACUCAACCGGUAAUCUGGGUAUUCAGCAAAAUAAUCAGUACAUUCAGCAAGGAACAGAUCCAACCUCUUUCGCAAUGGGAGGCGGAGAAAUCAACGUGGCCUACGACGGCACAUUCGGCGAUCUCCACGCCAGUGGAGACGUCGCACUCUUCGGCUUCGAUGACAGCUUUGGCGGCGACUUCGAGCUCAUCGGCUCGGCCGACAACAGCUUCACCGCUAUCAAUGACGGUGCCAACGCUGGCACCAUCUCGCCCAAGGACCUGCUCAACGACUCAGUCCCGCCAUCGACAUCGUUCACCAAUCUGACUACACCUGGUUCUACAUACCUCGACACUCCGGAUGACUACCAGACCUCACCACUCUUCACAGACAGCAUGCAACAUGACAAGACAUGGUUCUCGCUCUUCCCUGAACAAGACACCGAGGCGCCAACUCCAGCACCACUGAUGGAGCGCACCUCGUCCAACACUAUCGUUGUUCACCCCGGAGGCGAAGGCAAUGCUCGCAAGCGAAGCUCAACUUUCCAGACAUCACCGACUCCAUUCAGCCCAGCUGUGAAGCACUCUGAUGUUGCUGGUGUUGCUGCUCGCAAGCGUGACAAGCCACUGCCACCAAUUGUUGUCGACGAGAACGACCCUGUCGCCUUGAAGCGUGCGAGGAACACUGCCGCUGCUCGAAAGUCACGAGCAAAGAAGGUUCAGGAACGUGACGGCCUUGAGGGGCAGAUUGCCGCCCUCAAAGCAGAAGUCGAGUUCUGGAAGCAGAAGGCGGUCUCUUUGGGCGCUGAUGCUUCUGACAGCGAGUAGGACUCGCUGCUCAGGCGCAGAAAGCUCAAGCACUAAAGUUCAAUCCUGCACUCGGAAAAAAAUGGCGACUGCCUUGGACAGUCGCUGGUGGUGGAAAAUUUUCUUAUUUCAUUCUGUUCAUCAUUGGAGGAGAGCGCAACGGGCGCUUCGUCGCCACUGGUCUCGACGACUACUCUCACAUUUCCUUGGCGCGGCCUUACGGUCUGGACAUCUUCACGAUGAUGGAUGAAGGGCAAAAUUGGCAUGUGAUCUUCAUGGCCUACUGACGUCUCCUAUCUUGAAGCAUUAUGCGUUGAUAGUUGAUUGACUCGUGGCACACUAUUGCGUUGCUUCGUUGAUUUUGGUUAGAUUGACAGAAGCUUGCUAGCAGUUGACAAAAGUAAAGUCUUGACUACAAUACAACACUGUUUCUUCCCAU